AUGGAGGAUACGAAGCCGCGCUUCUCAGCCGGCACGGACGAGGCGUCCGCGCAGGUGGCCCUCGCGCCGCUGCUGCAGGCUUCGUCGCCGUCGUCCUCGGGCGGCGGCGCUGCAGGAAGCGGACGCUGGGCGCUCGUCAAGGACGGGGAGGCUCUGGAGCGGAGCUUCAAGUUCAAGACGUUUGCCAAGACCUGGGAUUUCAUGACGGCCGUGUCGCUGCAGUGCAAGCUGAAGAACCAUCACCCAGAAUGGUCUAAUGUCUACAACACGACGUUUAUCCGCUGGACUACGCACAACCCAAAGGGCCUGUCGAGCAAGGACGUCGAUCUGGCGGCCGUGUGCGACGCUCUGGCCAAGGACUUUGGCGAGCUGGAGCCCGAGCCGGUGAGCUGCGAGGUGCGGGAUGUGGCGGACCGGGCGGUCGGCUCGGCGGGCGGGGAGUGUUGCGUGCCGCCGAAGAAGUGA